UCCAUUAAUGUGAAUUUUAGUUUCAUUCUUAUCACCGUUCUCUCAUCACCAACAAAUAUAUAUAGAGACAUACAGAGAGAAGAAGAUACACAUUCACUUCUCCUUCCAAAGGCAAUGGCUUACUACGGUCAAAAUCCUCCUAUGUCGGGGCCUCCUCCUCCUCCUGCUCCCAUGGGGUAUCCUCCACCAGGUUAUCAAGGAGCUCCUCCUCCUCAACCUCAAACCUUUGUCACCCAGGCUCCGCCGGCGCAGAAACAAGGAUCAGGAGCUGCUACUGGUGCAAUGGCGGGAUGCCUGGGCGCGUUGGGUUGCCUUUGUUGUCUGGAAAUGUGCUGCUGCAUGGAGUGCUUGGAGGCGUGUUGUUGAUCUUCAUCAGACGUCCACCAAUCGUUCCUCAUUUUCUUUUCUUUUUUUCUUUCAGCUUAUAUGAACUUUAAAUUUGGUGUUCUUCUCUCCUUUUAAAGUAGAAUUCAGUAUAAAAAAAAAAAUUGUGGUUUGCAACUUUAA